GGGAUGGUGAGUAGACCAGCUGCUUCAUGUGUAAGGACCCAACUGAACAUCACCGUUGUACAAACCUCUCGCCGUAAUGCCAUCUUCUACGCUCGCCCUUAUCGACAACACGACAACAAAUCCUCGUCAGGUGUCUGGAAACGGUAGACGCGAGCUUACACUCGACGUAUAAAGUCUGCAGAAUGAGUGCACAGUGGACAACGACUCGAUGGCCAACCAAGGUACUGACGGCCACUGGAGGAUGCAGUUGAACAACCUGCUGCAGGCGAACGCACAACUCGGCACGCUUGAAUGGGAACUCACCUGUAGACAAGGCCAUCAAGGACCAUGGACCGCCGUCGCAUACGUCGGCGAUACGGAGUAUGGAAGAGGUUUGGGCAUGAGCAAGAACGCUGCAAAGGAGGCCGCCGCCAAGCAGGCCUAUGAAGCUAUUGCGCAGGCCCAAGGCUAAUUGAACGACACCUACACGCUUGAAGCAGCAUUCGUGCAGAAUAUAUUCCUGACGAACUGGGUCUGUGACUCUUUGGGUAGACAACGGUCAUCGAUCCUGUCAUUCUUACGCUGUUCGACUCGAGCUGCUGAUCCAUUUUCACAUCCCCGUUGUACUCAAUAACCACUCUGACUGAGAAAUUGUAUGAACACGGCUACUGGGCC